AGUCCCGGUCCCCGAGUCUACCCCAUUCCCUCCCCAACUACCUCCAUCGCCCCCUCCUCCUCCUCCGAGCUCCCCGCCGCUCCCCAUCCGCUCCGGGUACCACGGGGACCCAGGACGCAUCGGUCUCCGGGACGCUCUCCAUGCGUCCGCCCGACAUGUCCGGGCACUUUCUGCUCGCGCCCAUCCCGGAGUCCUCCUGCUCUUCCUCCACCUCCUCCGACUACCUCCUGCCCAGGGACGUCAAGCUGGCGGUGCUGGGAGCCGGCCGCGUGGGCAAGAGCGCAAUGAUCGUGCGCUUCCUGACCAAGAGGUUCAUCGGCGACUACGAACCGAACACAGGCAAACUGUAUUCCAGGCUCGUCUAUGUGGAAGGGGACCAGCUCUCCCUGCAGAUCCAGGACACUCCAGGGGGCAUCCAGGCUCAAGACAACCUCAGCCACUCCGUUGACUUGCUGUCCAAAUGCGUGCAGUGGGCGGAGGGCUUUCUGCUGGUCUACUCCAUCACAGACUUCGCAAGCUACCAGUCCAUCCGGCCCCUUUACCAGCACAUCCGGAAGGUCCACCCUGACGCCAGAGCUCCCGUCAUCAUCGUGGGCAACAAGGGGGACCUGCUGCACGCCCGGCAGGUGCAGACAGAAGAUGGCCUUCAGCUAGCCAACGAGCUGGGGAGCCUCUUCCUUGAAAUUUCCACCAGUGAAAACUGUGAAGAUGUCUGCGAUGUGUUUCAGCAUCUCUGCAAAGAAGUGAGCAAACUGCACAGCCUGGGCGGGGAGCGGAGAAGGGCUUCCAUCAUCCCCCGGCCUCGCUCUCCCAAUAUGCAGGACCUGAAGAGGCGCUUCAAGCAGGCCCUGUCUUCCAAAGUGAAACCCCCACCCACCCUGGGGUGACCCAUCUCAGACAGACUCUGGUCCUUCCUACUAUGUGCAGUUUCCAGGGAGUGGACCUUUCCCUUUUAAACCAUGCAUUCAGAGUUUAUUUUUAUAACGACGUUAUUGAUUUUCAAGCAUAUGUGUCUUUCUGAAAAUUUAAACGACUGCCUGCCUGGAGG